GCCGGGAGCCGGGCCCCGUCGCUGGCUCGCUUUCCGGCCGGGGCGCGGGGCGCCUGGGUGCCGCCGCCGGCCCCUCUCGCUUCUCCCUGGGCCCCCUGGCUCCUGACCCCGGUGGCGGCUGGUCUGUGGCGAGAGGUCGGGCCGGGCCGGCUCUGGCCUGACCUGCGAGGUGACCUUGGUCGAGUCCCCGGUCGCGCGGAGCCGCGGCGCCCGUGUGUGGCGCGGGCCUGUCAGGGACCCAGUUCCCCCGCGGCUGAGGAGACAGAUCUAGAGCGCCCCCCGCUCCAGGCUGCCCCGUGGCCGGGGAAGCGCCAGGCCGCCUGGGGCGGAGCGGGGGAGCUCGGUCUGGGUGGGGGAGAUGCCCCUACGUGUGAAAUGGCCGUUCCCCGCGGUGCCGCCGUUCACCUGGACCCUGGCCAGCAGCGUCGUCAUGGGCCUGGUGGGCACCUACAGCUGCUUCUGGACCAAGUACAUGAACCACCUCACCGUCCACAACAAGGAGGUGCUGUACGAGCUCAUCGAGAACCGAGGCCCAGCCACGCCCCUCAUCACUGUUUCCAAUCACCAGUCCUGCAUGGAUGACCCUCAUCUCUGGGGGAUCCUGAAACUCCGCCACAUCUGGAACCUGAAGUUGAUGCGUUGGACCCCCGCGGCUGCAGACAUCUGCUUCACCAGAGAACUACACUCCCGCUUCUUCAGCUUGGGCAAGUGUGUGCCUGUGUGCCGAGGAGACGGUGUCUACCAGAAGGGAAUGGACUUCAUUUUGGAGAAGCUCAACCAUGGGGACUGGGUGCACAUCUUCCCGGAAGGGAAAGUGAACAUGAGCUCUGAGUUCCUACGCUUCAAGUGGGGAAUCGGACGUCUGAUUGCCGAGUGUCAUCUCAACCCUGUCAUCCUGCCACUGUGGCAUGUCGGUCACCGUGCUCCACCCCAUGCCCGCUUCCUGGCCUCUGUCCACUGUGCUGCAGGAAUGAAUGAUGUCCUUCCUAACAGCCCGCCCUACUUCCCCCGCUUUGGACAGAAAAUCACCGUGCUGAUCGGGAAGCCCUUCAGCGCCGUGCCUGUACUUGAACGGCUCCGGGCAGAGAACAAGUCGGCCGUGGAGAUGCGCAAAGCUCUGACGGACUUCAUCCAGGAAGAAUUCCAGCGCCUGAAGGUCCAGGCGGAGCAGCUGCACGGCCACCUGCAGCCCAGGAGAUAGACGGUGCCCUCACUUCCUCCUGCAAGGGGGCGGCUGGCCCCCAGGCCUGGGACAGAGGCAGCUCCCACCCAGGCCCUGGCCACCGGCUGCCGGCCGCCAGCGCUGUCUCCAGGCUCUUGCCCUGCACAGAGCUGAACUGGGGGACGGACUGAUGUUUUGAGCAGAUAUGUUCUUUUAGACAGAUUUGUGCACAACCCCAAACAGGGAUCAUGUCCCAGCUGGUGAGCAUUCCCUCUGCUCUGAGCUGCUUCGGUUGAAGGAAGGGUUUCAGCUACUCCUCCCACUUGGCCACGAGAGGAGGAAAAAAUUUCGGCAGGGACCUCCUUCCUCUCCCAGGGCUGGCGUCAGGACGGAGGGUACUUGAAGGGGGGCAGGUGGCCAGGCCAGAGGUCCGCACAGGACUUCAUGAGGCCCUUGGCUUGGCAUCCACCCGAUAGGCCCGAUCCAGGAGCUGCCUCAGCACGUCCUCAGGGACGGCCGUCGGCCACCUCUUCCUUCCGCCCACACUUCCCACAGGCGUGGGGUCCUCAGGCAGGGCCCAGCUCCGCGCCGCGAGCAGAAGGGCAGCCUUUUGCUGGAAGUGAAAUCCAGCUGGAUGGAGCCUGCGGCAAGGGCCCGAGACCCAACCACUCACCCGUGUGCCGGGGCCCAGCAACUGCUCUGUCUUUUCCACCUCCCUGGCAUCACCAGAGACCCCUGGGGCCUGGGUUUUCAUGUUUUGUAGCCAAUAAAGCAUCUGUGUCGUGUUUUC